AUGGCUUGGGAAAAACCUGCAAAGCCCAUGGACAUCAGACAACAACACAAAUUGCAAAGAGGGGACACAGAAGAGCAUUACACUUCAUUAAACAGAAAGUGGGUGCAGAGAAAGACUGGAAGCUGUGCUCCAGGGACAGAGAUAGAAACUGCAGAGCAGCUUGCUCAACCAGAUGUCCUCAGAAGAGAGCUAAAUGGUUUUCAGGCCUCGUCUCCCAGCCAGGAACAGAUCCCAUGCUUCAGGGCUGUGCUGAGCCCCCAUCCUAGACCACCACAGGUUGGUGCCUUCAAAGCCACAACACAAACUUUGCAGAUGCUCAGGCAAGCAAAACGAAGACAGAUUUGUUUAGUGAAAGAAAAGGAAUACUGGGAUAUAAAGUCUCUUGAAAGAGAAGAACUUGUCAUAGUGAGGUUGAAGACUGAAGGAGAGAACGAAGGGAAGGGAAAGCAAGCAUGCCUGGCUUGCACAGCCUACCGAGCCCCAGAAUUGCACACCCCAACAAGCCUCUCCCUCCUAGUGUCGUCUGUGACAGGUGACAGCUCCAGCAGAAGUGGUACCCUGAGAAAGGAGCCAGUAUUGUUGAUGAAAAUGGCUGGGAAACAGAUAUUUGAUUCUUUUUUCCCCCUUCAAAUCCGUUGUAAGCGAAGGAAGGAGGGGAAAGAAAAGCAAGCCGCUUCGGUAGUGCCUAACAGAGUAGAAGGAAAAGAGGAGAAAGAAAUGGAAGAAAAGAGUGUUGAACUGGCAACCGGAAGGCAAGGGAGGUGGAAGAAGAGUCGGGGGAAGGAGCCCAAUGGAAAUUGUCGGAGGACUGUGGAGCACUGGUAUCCGGCAGGAAUGAGGAUUUCUAAAGGAAUCUCUUGUGUGGCAGAGGCGUCUGAUAGUCAGAGUGCAGAGUCUGGCUUCAACCACCCAGUGUCCGCCCUUCUCCCCACUCCACUUUUAUCCUUUCCUACAAGCAGUCACACUGUGAAGGCCUUUCUUAAGGAGAAGGGUGUAUCACAGCAGCAAGUGUAUUGGACAGCAUGGCUUUGUGGAGAGAGGCUCUCCAGGGAGAACAAAAUGACUUAUGUUGCAGCAACAAGUUCUAGUGGCAGAAGACAGAGCUGUUUCUUGCUCAGGAAAAGUCGCAUUCUUCCCCAACUUACUCUUAACCAGUGUGAUUCAUCUACUCAGAGCACAAGCUUGUGUAAGUGUCCUGAGGCAGCCCUGAACUGCAGCUUCAUGGUGAUUGCAAUAGUGGCAGCUCAUCAGGGUUGUAUUUUAGCUGUGCUUUUAUCUUCCCUGUUUUUCCUUCUGGUUGCUUGGCAAGCUGUAGGAUCAGUCAGAAAUAUGGCAGCAAUAGCACCCAUGUCUCAGGGUUACGCUGAAGAUGACACCAGAAACAGCCAUGGGCCAUUAUAUGAGGAUUUGACCAGUAGAGCUGCUGUGCCUCUCCGAUUCUACCAGUUUGUUUUUCAACAUGAUGGCAGCUUCUGGUCUGUCACCCCUCCGCACCUGAGCCCGUCACAGACCUUUGCAGCUCCCACCAAGGGCUUUUCCCCUCCAGAGUGCUGCCAGCUGAGACCUCCCUCCCAGCUGCCUCAUAAUGAUUCCUCUGGAAUGCACCAAGGCUCCAUUAUCCUGGGUCUCGUGGGCACUUUACCUGGCGGAUGCCUCAAAGCCCCCCUCCAAAACCCGGGCUCCAGGAGGACACUUCCUUUUGGGGCUCCAGGAGGACACUUCCUUUUGGGGCUCCAGGAGGACACUUCCUUUUGGGGCUCCAGGAGGACACUUCCUUUUGGGGUCCAGGAGGACACUUCCUUAGGCGAUCAGGCCUUUGUGACGCUGACCACAAACGAUGCCUACGCCAAAGGGGCCCUGGUCCUGGGCUCGUCCCUCAAACAGCACAGAACCACCAGGAAGCUGGUUGUGCUUGCUACCCCACAGGUCUCAGGCUCCAUGAGAAAAGUUUUAGAAACCGUCUUUGAUGAAGUCAUCAUGGUAGAUGUCUUGGACAGUGGCGAUUCUGCUCAUCUAACCUUAAUGAAGAGGCCUGAGUUGGGUGUCACAUUAACUAAACUUCAUUGCUGGUCACUUACACAAUACUCAAAAUGUGUGUUCAUGGAUGCUGAUACUUUGGUGCUAGCAAAUAUUGAUGAUCUUUUUGAAAGAGAAGAGUUGUCAGCAGCACCAGACCCAGGAUGGCCCGAUUGCUUCAAUUCUGGAGUGUUUGUUUUUCAGCCUUCAGUUGAAACAUACAAUCAGCUGUUGUACCUUGCUUCUGAGCAAGGUAGUUUUGAUGGUGGGGACCAGGGUUUACUGAACACAUUUUUUAGCAACUGGGCAACAACAGAUAUCAGAAAACACCUGCCAUUUAUUUAUAACCUAAGCAGUAUUUCUAUAUACUCCUACCUCCCAGCAUUUAAAGCGUUUGGUACAAAAGCCAAAGUCGUGCAUUUCCUGGGACGAGUCAAGCCAUGGAGUUAUACUUAUGAUCCCAAAUUAAAAAGUGUCAGAAGUGAGUCUCAUGAUCCCACCAUGACUCAUCCAGAGUUUCUCAACCUAUGGUGGGACAUCUUUACCACCAACAUUCUACCUCUGCUUCAACAGUUUGGCCUUGUCAAAGACACCUACUCAUACUUAAAUGUGCUUUCAGACUUGGUCUAUACACUGGCUUUCUCUUGUGGCUUCUGUAGAAAGGGAGAUAUUUCAGGAGCCAUGUCACAUCUGUCCCUUGGAGAGAUCCCAGCUAUGGCACAACCUUUUGUAUCCUCAGAAGAACGGAAGGAGCGAUGGGAACAGGGCCAGGCUGAUUACCUGGGAGCAGAUUCCUUUGACAACAUCAAAAGAAAACUUGACACUUACCUUCAGUAGAAACACUGCGAGAUUUUCCUGUGGACACACCCACUUUACAGGCUCUUGUUCCUGAUACUUAGUAUCUAGAGCUGGUUUGGAAACGGUCUGUUACAAUUGCUAGAGGCUUUCACUAAAGUUCAUCAGAUGAGGGGUUUUGGUAGGACAACAAGGUGUGAACUGUACACAAGUUGUGAAGUAGUAAUUUUGUUAAUAUGAAACGUCCUGCCUUUCUAACCCUAGCCUUAAUGCUCAGAUGUUUCAGAAAUUUAAAUGAUGCUGAUUGCCAACAUGUGGUAAGGGAAAUUCAAUAUUCAGGCUAUUGAAAUGGCUAUGUCAACUCUUAAAAUAUGCCAAGCCUGCUUCAAAUUAGUCUCCCUUCAGAACAGGACAUGGUUUCUGCCUCUUUGACCAGACUUGCAUUUUAAAUUGUCCAGAGGCAGCUAGAGUGAUUGUAAUUCAGCUUUCAGGUAGAUUGUAAUAACACUGCUAAGUGACCCCAUAAAUCAAUCAAUAAAAGAUGCUAACCUAUUUUAAUUCCUAGUUUUAGUGUCUAAAGUUCUUCACCAGUUUUCAUUGUAUAAUAAAGCAACAUGCUAAAAAUAAAAUGCUUAUUUAGUUCUGUAUAUCUGAAACAGCAGUAUACCUUCUGAUGGUUAUUUGCAAUGGCACACUGUAUGAAAAAAUAAAGACUUAUUGCCAUA